AAAGUCCACAAUAGAAAAAGUACUCUGGGAUUACCAUGAAUACAUAAAACCAGUAUUAUCUAUAGCACUGUUAGACAGUUUUAAAAACUUUUAAAAGAAGGGAUUUUUCCUGAGUUGAAGUUGUUGAUGUGAAAGCUGAGACAGUACUACAGAAAGGUACAGAAAGUUCCCGUAUCAGUUUACACUGUUAAUCCAUUAUUAAUUAUUUUGAAUGUGGCAGCACAAUAAAGAGAGGUUGCUGAAUAUUAUUGUUGCAAUACCAUACAGAAGCCAGUUAAAACAAUGGCAAUGCUUUCCUUCUAGCCAAGUAUAAUACACUUUAAAACAAGGCAAGGUGUGAGAUUUAUCCUUGAUCUGUUUAGGAAAGUUACAAUUUUAGUAUGGCUAUAUGCUUUGAAGCUUGCUGUUGAUCUGAAUUUAUUGUUUUUUUUUAAAAACAAUGUGUAAUAUGUUUGCUGCUGCUACCAAAAGUUUUGUUAAACAGGUUGGAGAUGGAGGUCGACUAAUUCCUGUUCGUAGCCUCAGCGAAGCUGAUAAGUAUCAGCCCCUCAGUCUUGUUAUCAAGAAGAAAAGCUGUCUAAUUUCCAAAAGAUCCAAAUUUAUUUCAACACCGUUCAGCCUCAAAGACAUUCUUCAAGGAGACAAAGAAAUUUCAGCCGGUAUUUCAUCCUACCAAUUACUGAAUUAUGAAGACAAAUCAGAUGUUACACUCAAUGGAAGACGAGGAAAUCACAUCAGAAAUUCUGUUGGGGUCAAUGUUGCUGGAUCAGAUUCUCUUGCAGUGAAGGCUUCAUUUGGUAUUGUAACUAAACACGAGGUUGAGGUACCAACAUUGCUCAGAGAACUUACUAGUAGAAAAAUUAAUUUUGAUCACUGCCUUGUUCAUCAGUCACAAGAAAGUAAGAAGACAGUUCUAUGUGUGGUCUCAGAAAAUAUUAGAACAACGCGGCAGUGUUCACUGUCUGUGCAUGCUGGUAUGAGAGGCGACACAAUGAGGUUUCAUAUUAUUGAUGAACAUAAUUACAAAGGACGUGACAAGGCUAUUGUCUUUCCCGCACAUACAACUAUUGCAUUCAGUGUAUUUGAACUUUACAUUCAUCUGGAUGGUAAUUUUGAGCUCUGUGUCACUCCAGAAUCAAAAGGAGGAUUCGAAAAAUGGCCAGCGAGAUCAUUUUCUUUAAUCAGACUAACGAACAGUCUGUUUCAUCGAAAUAAAAGGGUAAUGGAUAUCAUUGCACACCCAGAUAAUUACUUAGACGACCUUUUUGCAGACUACUAUGAAAAGGCUGCGAGCAUGACUGACAUCUCCGCAAACUAUCUCCGAGACGGGGCUCACGUACGAGUUAAUUUACUCAAUAGCAACAUCCCCAAAGGUCCCUGUUCCUUGUGUGGAAUGGGGCGUUCUAAAAGGGAAACAGUCUAUGGCUGCCUCGAGUGUUCUUCCAAUGGACAAAAGUUUGUACGACUCCACGCUGUGCCUUGUUUUGACCUAUGGCACAAAAGAAUAAAGUAAGAUUUUCUGUAAAUGCCUUAGGGAUGACUGUGCCACAGACUUCCUAGUGAGUUUUAACAGCACAAAAACAUGAAGCCACAAAUUAUUUUAUCUCCUUUUGGGUUUUUUAAGCAAUACUUUUAGUAAGAUAAACACCAAUUCAGAAACAACUUCCCAGAACCAUUUUCCAAAUGUGUUCUGCUCUGUGGUAUUCCUUUCAUACUGAAUAAUCUAUAACUAGCUGUGCACUUUAGUUAGAAUUUCAAAACAGGAGCUGCUUAUAUUUGAAAUGGCACAUAUUAGUAAUGUGUGUAUUUGUCCGAGUAAUCUGGAAACAUUUGCUUUUGUCCAAAGAAAACCAUGUGUUUUACCCUAAAAAUGUCACUGUUAGAUGGCAAGAAAGCAUAUGCAUUAUUUAUUGAUGCUAUAAAUAUUUAAUUGAAGUAUCCGAUGGAGAAUGUGUUUGUGUUUGCUCUGUUUAAAGAUACAUUUAAACACACAGAGAGAAAAGCUAUAAGCUAGUGCUGAGCAAAUGUUUAGAUUGCCAAUGUCUCCCCAUCUUAUACUAUCCUCUUACUCCAUAUUUAUCGUUAGUAUCAUUCAAACUGAGCUGGUUUUUAAAUGUUGUACUUGCUAUAAUAUAGUGCCUUUUGACUAUUUCAAAAUUACCUUUGGUUUUGUAAUAAAGAUGUACCAUUUUGAAAAAA